CUUUGCUAGGUACAGCUAUUCAAAUAUCAGGUCCCGUCAGUUUUGUGUGCUCUUAGCGGCAUUAGGACCACAGCGCUCGAAGGUACGUCUAGAUCAUUUCAACAGAUAGAUGUCCUACUACACACAACACAUUGGGAGUAACUGGCGUAUUACAAUUGAUUUGGUAUUUCUGAGGCUUACAGCAGAUUGAGACAAGACUAAAGAUCUAAGCAUGGAUCAUUUCAGCUGGGUUAUAUCCUCCGUCCUUCUUCUCGUGGCUAUAGUGUGUACAUCAACUGCUGCUCCAUAUUUGGAGAAGCCAACAAACACAAGCAAGCCAAACGUCACAAGUCAAGUGAAUGAUCCCGAAAUGAUUGAAGUAACAUGGGACAAGCUUUAUGACGUCAGUAGUCACAAGUGCAAGAUUUCGACACCAAAAGACCUUCAUCAGCUUAUACUAACGGCAGAAGACCGAGAGGCAGCCAACCUGUUCCAGUUCACCAUACACCUGCGGGAUUACAGCCCCUUUACUAAUGUUUCAGGAUUAUAUUUCAAGCCCUGGCUAUGGUACACAACAAAAAACCAACAUGGCCGGACUCUACUGAUGCUGUCCUUUCAUUACGACGUCUUGUCCAUGAACAUUCUCACCAUUGGCGUCAAGAAAGCGGACAUUGAACUCAGGGACAAUCCGUUCGGUUGUUUUGGUAACCUCUCAACUGGUGAGCAAGUCGCGGUUGUCCGCAUGAUUCUACUGAGUCGUAUAGAUAAAGACAAGGUCAAUCCAAGUGAAAGAUUUGCCUGCAACCAGGAGAUUGCCGAUAUUGGCGGGAAUGCUGACUUUGUCUACAACUGUUGCAGUAGUGACGGCCACAACAACUUUACGUGCAGCAGCAGAGCAGACGAUUUCUGGAUAAAUAUUCUCUACCUGGCCAUCACGUCUGUCAAGGUUUUGAUCUUUUUGUUCUGCGCUAAGUUUCUCCCAGAGAAUGCCUACAGCGCAGCGUAUGCGCUAUCGGAAUACGUGCUCAAGCUAAAGAAACCAUUCCACAUGAAGAUCUUUGUCAGCGAGAACAUGGACAGCACCGUGACAGCCAAGACGAAAAUAGAUUUCAAACAAAUCUCGAAUUGGUCCAGAUUUAGAAAUUUUCUUAAAACUAUUCCAUUGGAUGAGACGUUCACUGUGACCGUAUCAAAACUUCGCAUAAAGGUCAAAGGCAAGCGAAUAAUUCCCGAGUACGACCCUCCCGUCGGUUUGCUCAAGACGAUGUACGACAAUCUGGUCAGGUGUAAGAUCCGAGCCCUGGGCCCCCUCGAGCCGUGCUGUGAGACCAACAUCUUCACCUUUCUUGGGGAGAACACCCGGCACUUCAUGCAGUGGCAGAAACUCGUCUUGCUCAUCAUCAAGGCUCUGCUGCUUGCGGCCAUACCCCUCCCCUUCUACAUCCGGCUUAUCAUCUACUACAAGUUUGAGGCCGAGGAGCUCACCCAACGACGUUUGGCACGUGAGGCUAACGGUCUGGACGAGGCUUUCAGUUUCUACCGAACCAAUGUCAUUCAGUAUCUGACUCCGACUCACGCCAUUUUUAUCACCACAUAUAUCCUUUACUUUCUCAUCGGUGUCAUCAUCGGCUUCGCUAGUCCCAGCUUUAGGAACAAGCUAAAAGACAUCUGCAAGUCAUCUCUGCAAGACAUGAACGCUGUCUCGCAGACAGAAGUUCUCGGCAUGAUGGUCCAAGCCUGCGUCUACCCGUUCAAACGUUGGGGUCUGCUGGGGUUCCUAGUGGCUCCCGUCUACCUUAUCCUUGUCCUGCCUGCAUGUUUGCUCUACUUUAUCAUUUACUGUGUGCCAACCAUCUACUUGACCUACAAACUGCCGUAUCACGCUAAACAAUUAGCGAGUAGACAACCCCAAAAUGUCAAAGGCGGCAAAAAGAAAAUAGUCAGUAAACUGCAGCAUUACGGCAAGAAGUGGCAGAAGAUCGACCAGGCUGUCCAUGCCGAGGACGAGGUCACGCCCGUGGAUGAAAACCAUUGUUGUCCUGACGAUAUGGGGUGUUACGGAUGUCUCACCUUCAAAAGCGUCGGCUUACAAGUUGUGACAGCGAUCUUUUGUCUGUGCAUACUUUAUUCUAUAGCUUUGUUGUUCUCUGAAUCAAUUGGACUGUUUAUAGAGGUGAUGGCCUUUACUAUGAUGGGAAUUAUUAUAAACGCUGGUAAUGUCCUGAAGUACGUCUCGAUGGUCUUGCUUGUUUUUGUCUACAUGAAUGAUUGCUAUAGCAACGUGUUUGAGAACUACCUGUCUUUAAAUAAAUUUGUCAUUGAAGAAUUCUCAGAGAGGACAUCAGCCGAGCUCAAGAGUAUUGCCAGUCAGUCCGCGGACGUGCAAGAAAAUACGGCUUUUCAGAUGAAAUGUAUUGAUGAAAAGAAAGAGCGUCCCCCAAGAAUCCAUUACAAGGACGGGGAAAUACAAUGGGACAUAGGCCAACCCUUGCUAUUUUUAGACAAGUUUGAUACGCCAAGAAUUCCACUUAGGCUAUUCCAGAGGUUGUGUCAGGUUCAAGUCUAUGGUGCACCAGGUCCAGUGUAUUUGAGUCUGCUGAUGGCUACAGGAAAGUUUAUGAUUAUCGUCGUGUUUUUGAUGUUUGUCAUGAUCGUUGUCAUGGCCUUUGGAAACGUGUAUGCGGUGUCAUCGACCAACUCCACGUUGGCCACCCUCGCUGGUGGAUUUAUCCCGAUGUUGCUGAAAAACGUCCUGUCAUCUAGAGGUGCCAGAAUCAGCCUGAAGACGGUCAGCUUCAAGGGUCAAAUGGAUGAGGUCAUCAACGAAUAUAAACAGAACUGGCCGCUGGCCGAUUUAGAAGCAAAAAAAUAUGUUCCAGGUGAGGAGGACGGUGAAGAAGAAAACAAGAAAGAAGAAGAAAAUAAGAAAGAAGACGAGGUCCAGUCAAACGAUGAUAAACGUGAUGGUCAGAAAAAAAUAAAAGAAAACCUAAUUAACCAAAAGGAAAACUUCAAUGCUAAUGUUUUUAACGGAAACGGUGACGCAACAACACUGAAUCAUGAAGAACCGGAAGUUGAUCUUUUCCUACAGCUGACUCCUGACGUCACAGACACGUGGUCUGUGUACCACUCGAGCGAGGACAACACGUCGACCGGAUCACGGUUCUUCGAGCCGGCAGACGUCCAGCCCAACAUGUACCGUAGUGACAGCAUUGAUGAAGGCUACAGCCGGCAGUCACGUGGUCUGAACAUGAUGGCCAAUGUGGCCCCCUUUGUUGUCAUGUACGCUCACACUAAAGAUGAACACUAACCCUCAUCAUAGCCAAUGUUAAUUGUUAUGAAGAGCCCUAAUCCUAACCUAAGUGAACUGUUGUAAAGAACUCAUUCCAAUAUCAGCAAUAAAUCAGCAAUCAAGGAUCGCAACCUAUCCCACAAAAAAUAUUUCCAUUGCUUUUAUUCCAGAUAAUUCUUUUUCAUCUUUUUCAUUCUUACUUGACGCAAUGGUGUUCGUCGCAUACGUUGACUGGACCGCCGGUACACUAGUACCGUGUGGGCCACUAGUACCGUGUGGGCCACUAGUACCGUGUGGGCCACUAGUACCGUGUGGGCCACUAGUACCGUGUGGGCCACUAGUACCGUGUGGGCCACUAGUACCGUGUGGGCCACUAGUACCGUGUGGGCCACUAGUACCGUGUGGGCCACUAGUACCGUGUGGGCCACUAGUACCGUGUGGGCCACUAGUACCGUGUGGGCCACUAGUACCGUGUGGGCCACUAGUACCGUGUGGGCCACUAGUACCGUGUGGGCCACUAGUACCGUGUGGGCCACUAUGAUAGAUGCUGUAGUAUUCCUAUAAAGAGCCUAACUUUUUAUUGCUUUAAAAAAAAUCUUUAUUUUUUGUUAAGUAACGCUAACUGCACCGGUGGCGUCACCUUCCCUCCCUUAAUUAUCAUAGCGUGAAAUUCAGCAUUUUAAUUUCGUUUCCUAACCCUAACCCUAACCCAGUUGGUCAGCCCCUUUUUUUUUUUUUUUUUUUUGUCGAGCUAGUGGCAACAAUAUACACUUUGUAAAAUACGUAAUGCAGUACAGAUAAGCAGCUUACGUUAGAAUCCGAUAAUGCUAAAAAAAAAAAAAAACGAUCGCCUGCGAAAUUAAUUGGAGAAAAUGAGCGCACACCUAAAUCUGAUAUUGACUUAGUCGUUAGAGGCGAGCGCUUUUUCUGUGAAUUUUAGAAGUCAAUUGAUCACUGUGUACUAAAAUCUGCUCGUAUUGACAAAAUGGACACAGAAAACAGCCAUUCCUAAACGGCCGUAAGCGCUAUAACCUUCUGAUUCAAAAUUUCGACCAAUCGUCUCUUAAUAUUCCGCAUAUUGAAAACAUUCCAACAACAAAUAAACUAGGGAAGUUCACUGAGGCAAUACUAGGCAUUUCGCUGACCAGUGCAACUUUUUACCAAUUCCACGUUUUGGCCGUAAUCCACUCAUACACUUUAAUAAGUGUACACUUUAAUUAGUGUACAAUUUAAUUAGUGUGCACUGUUCAUUUUUCAUUGUUUUUUUUUGUGUGUAUGUUUAAUUUGUAUACACUGUUCUAAAUUCGUGCACGCUAUCAAAACGUGAACGGUUAUGUAGAGUCUCUAAGAUUCAGACAGCCAUACAAAAUCUAAACGUUUGUACACAUGUAAAGUUUCAAUACAUGAACACAUGUGAAGAUUCAACCUAUGAACACAUGUGAAGAUUCAACACAUGAACACAUGUGAAGAUUCAACACAUGAACACAUGUGAAGAUUCAACACAUGAACAAAUGUGAAGAUUUAACACAUGAACACAUAUGAAAAUUUAACACAUGAACACAUGUGAAGAUUCAGCACAUGAACACAUGUGAAGAUUCAACACAUGAACACAUGUGAAGAUUCAACACAUGAACAAAUGUGAAGAUUUAACACAUGAACACAUGUGAAAAUUUAACACAUGAACACUUGUGAAGAUUCAACACAUGAACACAUGUGAAGAUUCAACACAUGAACAAAUGUGAAGAUUUAACACAUGAACAAAUGUGAAAAUUUAACACAUGAACACAUGUGAAGAUUCAAAACCCGUGCUGUAGAAAUACACGCAAAUGUUGCAAAACUAAACUUGUUUGUUUAUAAAUACAUAAUGACAAGCGUCUACCCAUAUCACUUGUGACGGAGCUUUCUCUAAACUGAGAUCCAACUAGAAUUGUUUGCCAUUGAUUUUACUCAUAUUGAUAGCAGUUAAUUAUGCGAUUUCACUAGUGAGUCCUAAUAAAUUUAUUCACUACAUCA